AUGUGCGCGUGUUGCACGAUGAGCUACAUCGCCAUAGACCGCUUCGAGGUUGUCCCGAUGCAGUUCAUCUCGUCGCCACGUCAGAUGCUCAAGAUCGCUAUGCUGUCAGCGAUCUUCUGCUUCUCCGUGGUCUGCGGGAACAUGUCGCUAAGAUACAUCCCCGUCUCGUUCAACCAGGCAAUCGGCGCCACAACCCCGGCCUUCACAGCCCUGUUCGUCGUCAUCAUCACCUUUCGCACCGAAGCAGCCACCACUUACCUCACGCUCGUCCCUGUCGUUCUAGGGAUAGUCAUAGCCAGCAACUCGGAACCUUCCUUCCACCUUCUCGGCGUGAUCAUGUGCUUCUCGUCGACCGCUGCUCGCGCGCUCAAAUCCGUUGUACAGGGGCUGCUUCUAACGAGUGAUAGUGAAAAGCUGCAUUCGAUGAAUCUGCUGCUGUAUAUGUCGCCGCUCGCGGUGGUGAUGCUGCUUCCAGCGAGUCUGUUUAUAGAGGGGAAUGUGCUGGCGGUGGUGGUGGCAAAGGCGAGGGACUCUCCUUGGAUUCUGGUCUACCUGGUGGCGAAUGCUGCAUUCGCCUACUUCACGAAUUUGACGAAUUUUCUGGUUACCAAGCACACCAGCGCGCUUACCCUUCAGGUCUUGGGUAAUGCCAAGGGAGUGGUUGCGGCAAUCAUAUCUGUCUUGGUGUUCCUGAAGCGAAGAAGCGGGCCAAACACUGACGCAGGUUGA